AUGGCACAUGGACACAAGCACUAUCAAUGGUACUACUGGGGAUCUGCACCGCAUGGAAGAGUUAUCUUGAAGGUACUGCAGUCAGUAGGACAGUCGCUACGCCUACCAGGAGAGUUUAUAGGAGACGUCCAUAAGGGAAACACUGAAAACGUCUCCGACUUUAUUAAAGAGUUGCGCCAACAUAUGCGUAACCUUAGACCAACGAGCGGAAGCCGACGAAGGUUUUCAUCUUCAAGGAUCCUCCACAUAGCAGACCAAGUGUUCCUGCGUAAUAAUCGUCCUAAAGCACCAUUACAACCAACAUAUGAAGGACCGCACAAGGUGAUUAAUCGGAACAGACAGACAUUCAUCUUGAACAUCCGGAGACAUCCUAUCACGGUGAACGUCAAUCGCCUAAAACCAGCACAUACUCUCUCAGAGAAUAUCCCAGAUGAGUAUUUGCAUACCGAUAUGGAAAAUGAUUAUAUUCUUGUACCAGGUAGACCAGCCACCCCGGAUACUACAGUCCAACCAGUCCCGUCCAUUGACAAUUCCAACAGGAACAAUGGGACAGUUCAGCCCGAUGCAGCAUCAAUCAGAAAAGUUCGAUUCAUAGAUAGAUACCAAGCCGGACUUGGUAGAGGGGUGAUGUAG